AUGGAACUUGCUAGAGACAUUCCGAUACAAUUUUACAAUUACUGUCGCAGUCUAGAAGAGGAAAUUGAAACACUUUGUGAUCCAAGACCGUGUAGUUUGGAGGGAGUUGCGAACAAGUUAUUUCUUCCGACGUCGUUUUGUUCUGGUCCUUCCCAUUGUGAUCCUUACGUUCAGCACCAAGAGAAUAGCUCUGAACAUUCAGAAGAUUACUUCUUCGACGGAUUACAUAAUAAGCGAGACUCCUUGAAAUACGACGACGAAUUCCAAAGCCAACCUCAACGUCACGCUGCAAAUAUUCGUGAACGAAAGAGGAUGCUGAGUAUCAAUUCUGCAUUUGAAGAACUCCGGUCCCAUGUGCCAACAUUUCCGUACGAAAAACGCUUGUCUAAAAUCGACACACUUCGACUUGCCAUAGCCUACAUAGCGUUAUUGCGGGACAUGUUAGAUGACGACGCACACGACCCUGUUGAUUACGUAGAGCAAUGUCUAAGGACAUGCGAAGGUGGACAACGACAGGCGCAGUGGAACACAAGUGAUCUAACGGCAAGACUUUCGUGGGUGAAGUGGGAAAGUCUUGGAGUUCAAAGGAGGCCUACCCCUAACGCCUACGGCCAAAACGCGUGCUGA